AUGCUGGACGAAAAUGCUCAUUUAAUACAAACUAUUCAAGAGUAUCAAUCAAAAGGCCAAUUGAUGGAAUGCCAUCAAUACCAACAGGUUUUACACAGAAACUUGGUGUACUUAGCAUCUGUAGCUGAUGCUAAUCAAAAUAUACAAGCAAUUUUACCGCCACCACAUCAACUUGCUGCUGGUAAUGUACCACAAAACCCACUGAAUACCACCUCAAACGCAGCGGAUAUACCUGGAUCACCUCAACAACCCUAUCGUCCACCUGGAGUUUCUACAACACCUACAAGACCAACACAAUCUUAUGGACAAAGGCCAUAUCCUCAAAAUCAAUACCAAGGACAGUAUCAGGGGGCACCAGGGGUUUAUCCACCUCAAAGUGGGUAUGGACCACCUAAUCAGGGAUAUGGACCCCCAAAUCCAUCUCAACAACCUCAGGGAUAUGCUCCUAACUCCACAUAUGGUCCACCUAUCACUACAACACCGAGUAAUUAUCCUCCAUCUACACAUCAAGGCUCUGGCUAUCCACCAUCAACUGUUCAACAGUCUUAUGCUCCUCCUCCAGGCAGCCCAGCUGUAGCUGGAUCACCCUAUCCUGUACGUGGAGCCAGCCAACCAGCAUACACUGGUAAUUCUGGAUAUCCACCUCCACAGUCUGGGGCAAAUUAUCCAAAUGUUGGAGUAAGUACAUACAAUUCGACUUCUGCACAGCCUCAGCCUUAUCAAUCUCAACCCUUUCCUAACACUACACCUACUUCUGCUUACAGCUCAACUCCUAUAUCUCAGCCAAAUCGUUCCCCUCAGCCUCCAUCUAGUGGAUAUAAUUCACAAAACCCAAGUAGUACAGGAUAUGGUUCCCCUUCAGCACAAUCACCUACUUAUAAUUCAAGUUCACAUGGAAAUAAUGUUCCACCUUCAACAGUAGCAUCAGGAGUUUCUUCCCAAGGAGGUCCACCUGGGCAACAAUAUCCACCUUCUGGACAACCAUCUCCAUAUCCCGCGGCAACACAACCUCCAUAUUCGAAUCCUUCCUCCCAACCUGGAAGCCCAGCGCCAUCAGUUUCAACAGCACCACCCGUUCAGACUUCAUACCCACAAAAUCCACAAAGUUACCCACCUACUGGUGGAGCAUAUCCUCCCCAUGCAUAUCAACAAAGUUAUCCGCCAGCACAAUAUCCUCCUUCCCCUUAUCCCUAUGCGCGAGCUCCAGCUCCUGGGGCUCCACCACCUGGGACACCACAACCAUAUCCAGGUUAUGGUUUUCAACCCCCAAACCAGCAAUAG